GCACAGCAUUUCAGUGACGACACCCAGCGCAGCGCGCGUGCGUGAUAAAGGCUGCCCGUUUGAAUCUCGACGAGGCGGUACCCGUGUACACCGUCACUCUUCUCGUCAGCCCCAAAUCCUGGGCCGUGUUCCUUGCAACGUUCAACAAAGAUGCACUACACAACAAUGAUCCUCGCCCUUUCUUCCAUCGGCUCUCUGUGCGCUGCAGCUCCCAUCUUCGAUGAGCAAACACGGAACAUGCCAUUGCCGCUACGAAUAGCUGGCAUCCACCAAUCUGCCGAACCGGGCAGUCUCCCUUGGAAUUCUCCAAAGUCCCUAGAUUGUCCAGAAGAAGCAGAUGAUGAGCAGGAGGGAAAGGGGGAGAUCGAGACAGACUGGAGAUAGGCCAUGGGCGGGCGCCAUGGGGGUUUUUCCAAUGGAAGCGAACCGGGUUUGGACGAAACAAUGCAGGCAUUUCACGACUCAUGACUUAUAACUUGCACUGUACAUGUAUAAUGCCACACGCAGUUUUGAAAGCAACGAGGAGCGGUGGUCUGAGGAGGAGACAUCAUACGUAGGAUAGGGUCGCUUCGGCGGCUUUUAAUUGUUGCAAUCUCACCUUCAAUCAAACUACUUUGCUGUCAACAUCAUUAGUUGGCAUAGUGGGUGGAAAGUACGGGCAUCGUUCGUGAGCACUUUGUUCAGCACCGAAGGGGUGCCUCAAGUCCUAGAAAACCAACACAAACCGCUCCCAACCGGCUUCAGUCGGCUGAUAGUCUGGAGCCUGGCACUUCGACCCAGCAUUAUAUCGACGCAGCUUGCAUGAGU